AUGGGCCGCUGCCGCUGGGAGCACGUCCGCUACAGCCUGGGCGGCGCCGCGGGCGUCGCCAGCCUCACGGCUCGGCUGUGGCGGGGGGACGGCGCAGCGGGCUCGGCGAGGGGCGUGCUGUGGCAGGACGGGCGCACGGACGUCGACUCCAGCGACGCGGAGCCCAGCCGCUUCUCCUGCGGCGAGGUGGACGCCAUACAGGACGACGAGCUCCGCGGCUUCGCCGCCCUCGUGCUGGGCGCGAGGACGGGCAGCCCGGGCCGCGAGGCCGCCCGCCCAGAGAUGGGCCCCCAGGGCGCUGCCGCGACGGCGCUCGGCCUGGGCGAUCCCACCUCGUUCGCGGAGGCGGUGUGCCGCCUCGCGGCGCAGCGCCCGCAGGCCCUGGCCGCGUGUGGCGGGGGGGCCGCGCUGACCUACCAGGAGCUGGCGGACCAGUCGGCGCGGAUCGCCGCAGGGCUGCGCCAGCGCCUAGUCGCCGCCUCGGACGCGGCGGACGAGGAUGGGAAGCUGCAGUCCGUGGCCUCCCUGAUGCGCCGCAGCCCCGCGCUCCUAGCGGCCUACGUGGCGGCGGCACGCUGCGGCGCGCCACUGGUGCCCCUCAGCCUCGACCACCGCAGCCGCGGGGAGGAGGACAGGCGUUGGCAGGACGCCCUCGAGGUCUCGCGGCCCGUGCUCGUCAUGGUGGACACCCCGGGCCUGCAGCGGUGGUCCGAGAUGCCCUCGCCGAAGCCGCCCGCCGAGACGCUGGACGACCUGGCCGGCGCCCAUGCCGCCGACAGCCCGGGCGCCCCGGGAUGGCCCACGCCAGGGCCGGCCUCGCUGUUGGCGCUGGUCUUCACCGGCGGCACGACGCGCAAGGCGAGGUGCGUGAGGGUGGCGCACGGCAUGGCCCUGCACGAGCUGCGGCGCUACCGGGAGGCCGUGCCGCUGCGAGACGCGGGGGAGCGGGUGUUGCAGCUCUCGUCCGCCUACUGGGGCGCCGCGCUGCUCGGGGAGGUGGACGUGGCCCUCGGCUGCGGGGGCACUGUGGUGUUCACGGGCGCCGGGACGCCCGAGGAGAUCUGGGCUGCGGUGCAGCAGCACAGCGUCUCUGUGCUCGGCAUCGUCCCCGCCCUCCUGGCGCACCUGCCCGCGGAGGAGGCCCGCAGGAGCACGGCACUGCGCGUGGUGCUCAGCUGGGCCGACGGGUGCCCCGCCGCGCUGGCGCAGCGCUGGCGCGCGGCCGGCGUGGAGGUGGUAGAGCUCCUGAUCGCCUCCGAGUACUGGCUGGCGCUCUCUGCCCGGGGCCCUGGUGCCCAUGGCCACCCUCUGUACCACAAGGUUCAGGACGUGCAGUGGCGCAUCGCCCUCGAUGGCGAGGCCGAGGCGGCGGAGGGGCAGGUGGGCGAGCUGUGGCUAGCUGGCCCGAUGGUCUCGCCAGGAUACCACGGUAAGGCUUGCUCCACCUUCCCCUGCGUGGAGCACGAGGGGGUGCGUUACCUGCGGACUGGUGACCUCGUCCGGCGGGCUCGCGACGGCGUGGAGUUUCUCGGGAGGCGCGACAUGAUGACGAAGAGCGCUGGCAAGUGGCUUGACCUUCUGCACUUGGAGCAGUCCCUCAGUGCGGCUCCUGGCGUGGCCGAGGCGGCUGUCGUUGUGGACUCGGAGGCCGCAUCCAGGCCGCAGGCGUUCCUCCUGCUGGCCAGCUGCUCGUCGCCACCUCCUGCCACAGACAGCCAUGUGGCCGCGCCAGGGAUGUCAGAGUCUGCCGACGGCAGCCCGCUGGCUGCCGCAGGGGUGACAGCGCGUGCCGUACGCUCUGCCCUUGCCGGCGCCUCGGUGAGUCUGCACCUGGUCCCCGCGAGCGCGGGCGGGCUGCCGCGGAACUUGGCGACGCACAAGGUGGACGCACGCGGCCUGGCGGAGCUGUGUGCCCUGUCCGGGUGCGAGGCCACGGAGAUGCUCGCCGCCGGCGUGGCGGCUGCCAGAGCGCGGCAGUUCGCGGCGACCGCCCUGGCUGGGGUGGCCGUCGGGUGCUUAUGGCCAAGGCUUCUACUCCGCAUCGCGAGCCUGCCGUACGUCUGGGUCUCCGCGCUGCUGCUGAAUAGCUGGGCGGGCUGGUGGCAGCCCGUGGCGACGUGGCCCCGGAUGCGUCGGCUGUGGGCAGUGCAGAGGUACCCCACGACGCACUGCUUGCUGGCCCUGGCGGCGCCCCAGAGGCUGUGGGCCUUCAUGGUUGCGCCGGGCCUCGCCUGGGCCCUCCGCUCUGGGAGGGUCGGGCCGUGGGCCGUGGUCUUCUGGCUGGUGAGGUCGAACCGCCUGGCCUGCGCCUGCGCCGACGCCGCAGCCGCAGCAGCGGCGGCGCCUCGCCGCUCCGCCUCCGGCGCAGGGGCCAUCGCUGGGACGGCCGCUGCUCUCUCGCGGGCGUGCAUGUGGGCCCAGCUGCGGGCCGCAGGCCUGCCGCGCGCCGCGGCCCGCCGCCUGGGCGCCUGGCCCACCACGGCCGCGGCCGGGGCCGCACCGUGGGCGAGGUUCCAUCGGGCCGCGCAGACCUUCAAUGGGUGCACGUGGUUUGACUCCAGUGGCCACGGCAGGCACGCCACGGUGACCUACGGCGCGCCGCGGCUGGACCUCACAAAGUCCGUGGCCUUCCGGCCCAGCGACACCCUGCUGAUCUCGCGGGAGCCCCUGCCGGAGGCUUUCACCCUUCUCGCUGCAGCACGCCUCUGCUCACCCGCGCUGAAGGUGACCGUGAGCGGCGCCAGUGCAGGCUGCGUCGAGGGCUUCGCGCUCGUCGCGGGCGGCCCGCGGAGGGUGCGCUUCGGGCUGCAGGGCGCCACCGAGGGGUGCUUCCCCGAGGUCCUCCGUCACGGCGGCGGCGAGCGCGUCGGGCUCCUCGGGGGCUCGUGGUCGGCUCGCACCUGGCGCCUCGUGGAGAUCAACGGGCAGUCGGCAUGGGGCUUGGCGGCAGAAGCUGUGCAGGCGGGCUCGGAGCUCCUGCUGCAGGAGCGCACCGGCCAGGAGCGCGUGCUCGCCGCAGACGACGGCUUCGUGGGCGGCUGGAUGGGGAGUACGCUGGGCACCGCGAAGUGGGGCGGAGUGUGGCGGGCUUGGUCCGAGCGUCAGGCAAGAGGCGGCCUCCACGUCGUGGCGCUCCGCAACCAGGCCGGCGGCGCCGUGGCCUUUGUGGACGGGGUGCGGGUGGAGGGCGCGGCGCACGAGGGCUGCUGCUCGGUGCAGAGGCACGGGAACUUCGGCAUCAACACGCAGAACUACGCCCGGGGCCGCGGCCACUGCGCCGUGUUCGAGGUGAGCAUCUACUGCGGGCACGCCCCCGACGAGGACAUCAUGCGCCUCAGCAGCGAAAUGUCCGAGCGCGCUGCGCGCGCGACCGCCGGGGUCGCCACCGCCGCCCUGUCGGCACAGGUGCCCGAGGCGGUCCUGGACGCCUUGACGUCGGGGCUCUCCGCGCCGCCGUCGCCCCCGCAGGGCGCGCCCUGGGGCCCCAGGGGCACGGACCACGGCGUCGACUGCGUGGACCUGCCAGAGGUCUCGGCAGCCUCGCCGCCGCGGGCGCCGCCCAGGCAGCACGAGCAGGCCGCCCCCGAGGUGGGCCCCGCCUGCUGCGACGGCAGGGUGCGGGCGCUGCUGGAGCGGGCGCUGGGCGCGCCGGUGUCGCCCCUGGAGCCUUUGGCGGGCCUCGGCUCGCUGCAGCUUAUGCGCGUCGCGGGGGCGCUGCAGCGGGAGCUGGGCGCCGCGAUCGGGAGCCGUGCGUUGAUGGAGGCCUGCAGCGGCUGCGUGGACCUGCCCGGGCUGGAGGCACUCGUGGAGGCGGCCGCCCCCCCAGCGCCCGCGCCGCCCGGCGGGCCCAGCGGGGGGCCCACCUCCGCCGGGGCCAGCGCCGCGGAGCGGCCUGUGUGGACGGCGGAGGGCCUGCUGCACGCGCCGAUGCACUGGACGCUGCGCGCGCCCGCGCCGCUCGACGCCGCCGCGCUACGGCGCGCGCUGGCGCGCCUGUGCGCCCGGCACGCGCCGCUGCGGAGCAGGAUGGAGGGCCCGGCCGACGCGAUGGAGGAGGUCGGACGGGCCGCCUCGGAGGCGGCCGCCGUGAUGAGCAUGAUGCAGCACUGCAGCGGAGUGCUGCAGCGCGCCCUGGCGCCUGUGCUCGCUUGGGCGGUCAGGCACAGCUGGCCCAGGAUGAGGACGGAGCCCCCCGCGGCGGCCGCCCACGCGGGCCUGCUCCACGAGGUCGAGGUCGAGGACGACCGAGACCUGGCGUCCAAGGUGGGCUACUUCCGCAACCGCUUCGCGCCCCCCUGCUCCUUCACCCUGCUGCGGUGCCGCGAACCGCGCGUGGACCACGUCCUCGUCGUGAUCUCCCACUCCCUGUGCGACGCCGGGUCCUUCGGGCCGCUGCGCGCGGACCUGGCCGCGCUGUACCGCGAGGAAGCAGGCGGGCCCUGCGAGCAGCUGCGCCCGGUGCCCGACGCGCUGGGCAUCCUGGAGAGGCGCUUCCUGGCCGCCUUCCCGGCCAAGCCGGGCGGGGCCGUGUCCGAGGAGGCCAGCUACGUAGCCGGCUGGGCCUCGAGCGCUGCGGGCGGCCCGGCCCCCUGGGGACACCGGCGGCUGCUGAAGGUCGGCCAGGGAGCGGGCUCGGCGCUGCAGCGGGCCAGCGAGGCGCUGAACGUGCCUCUGGACGUGCUCUUCAUCGUCUCCAUCGUGUGCGCCCUGGCGCGUUGCGAUCAGAUGCCUGUGGUCCGCCUCACCCUCACCGUGCCGAUGCGAGACGGGCCCGACGAGGGAUCCCUGGUCGGGUUCUUCACGGACUGGCGCAACGUGGACGUGCAGACGCACGCGCUGCAGUCCCUGCUGUCCGUGGCGCUGCAGGCGACGGAGGCGCUGCGGAGCCGCAGCUGGUCCCGUGGCACCGUGUCGGAGACCUCCCACAGGAUCCUGGUGAACCUGGUCGGCGCCGAGCCCACCGAACACCUCGGCUGGGUGAACCGGGUCGACCUCGGGUGCAUGCGCCCGCCCUCGGGCUGGAGCGCCAAGGCGUCGAGCAGGGAGGAGAGGCCCCUGGAGGUGCAGGGCUGGCAGACUGGGCUGCGCCACGGGGGAGACCCCCCCGCGUGGACCCUGGUGCUCAAGCUGCAGUGGGAGAGGUACCCGCCCGCGUGGGCACAGCGGUUCGCCGUGGUGCUCACCGAGGUCAUCGAGCAGUUCGCGCUGGACCCCUGCGCCCCUGUGCAUCCCAGCCCGCCGGCCGUGCUGGACGCCGCCGCGCUGGGCGCCGCAGCCACAGCCGCUGUCGGCGCCGCAGCCGCUGCGCCGCGGGCGCCGCCGGCGGAGGCCGCCCGGGCCGCCGGGCCGGCGCCGUCGGCGUAGGGCCUGGUCUUCGGCCUUGCUCGGGGAGCCCCCGCUGCAUGGCCCGCUGGGUCGGCUGCAGGGCCCUGCGCCGGCCUUCGGCCUGCUGGGGGAGCCCCGCUGCAUGGCCCGCUGCAGGGUCUGCUGCUGGGCCCGGUCUUCGGCCCUUCUGCUUCGGCGCCUGCUGCAGGGCCCGUGUCAUUCGGUGCGCCGGCCGGGCCAGACGCCUCGCCAGGUUCCGAAGCCGCAGCCGCAGCCAGGCGGGCCGCCACUGCCGGCCUGGUGCGGAAGCAGGUCCCCACAGGCCCCCUCGGGUCCUGAAGAAAUCGCGACGGGAAGUUCUUCGCUACUUUCGGCCUCCGGGGCCCUCUCGGGGCUCUGGGACCGUCCAAAAUCGCCUCGGGAUGAAGCACCGGUCCCUGGGCACGGGUCGAGACCUCUGGAUCGGCGUGCUGAACAGGUCGUAGCGUCGGGGGUCUGGGCCUCCGGCCCUGCUCGGGGACGACGUGGCCGGCAAGCUGCGUUCGCAGGCGCCACUGCGCACAGAGCAGUGGGCAGGCUUCGGGAGAGGUCCAGGAGCGUGCGCCGCCUUGCAGAACACGAUGUACACUACGUUCCGGGCGACUGCCCGCAGCCUUUAGCUAGUCUGAAUACAUGUGCCUCCCAACCGCCCGCCUCGAAGAAGAAAAAA